CCUGUAGUAAAGCAGCAGAGCUCAGACAUGGCGGCGGAUCCUCAGCCGGACUGGCUCUCCUGCCUUCCCUCUUCUUGGAGUUAUGGGGUGACUCGGGAUGGACGUAUAUUCUUCAUCAACGAAGAAGCGAAGAGCACAACCUGGCUGCAUCCUGUUACUGGAGAGGCUGUGAUCACAGGGCAUAGAAAAACUCCAGAUUUACCAACAGGAUGGGAGGAAGGAUACACGUUCGAGGGGGCUCGCUGCUUCAUCAACCACAAUGAGAGAAAGGUGACCUGUAAGCACCCGGUGUCCGGCGCCCCCUCCCAGGACAACUGCAUCUUUGUGGUGAACGAACAGCCGGCUGCUAAGGCGUCCUCAGAUCAGGGCAGUGACCAGAAGGAGCGUCCCAUGAGCACCAUGAGCGAGGCCUCCAACUACACGGGGGGGUCCGACUACAGCACCUUCCCUGGCAGCCCGCCCACCCACGCCCCCAGCACCACCCUCAGCUCCAGCUCGUCCACACGGCCCUCUAGGUCUUCCAAAAAAAUCCACAACUUUGGAAAGAGGUCAAACUCCAUCAAGAGGAACCCCAACGCCGCUGGGGUGAAGAGCAGCUGGCUUUACAAACAGGACAGCACAGGCAUGAAGCUGUGGAAGAAGAGGUGGUUCGUUCUGUGUGACAUGUGCCUCUUCUACUAUGCAGAUGACAAAGAGGAUAACAUUCUGGGAAGUAUCCUGCUGCCAAGCUUCCACGUGUCCAUGUUGUCGGUGGAUGAUCACAUCAGCAGGAAAUACGCCUUCAAGGCCACUCACCCCAACAUGCGGACGUAUUAUUUCUGCACUGACACAGCCAAAGAGAUGGAGUCGUGGAUGAAAGUCAUGACGGAUGCUGCGCUGGUCCACAGUGAACCCGUCAGAAGGCUGGACAAGCUGAAAGUAGAUCAGCGAACCCCUCAGGAGUUGAACAACCUUCUCAACCACAGAGUCCUGACCCGGCCUGAGAUCCAGAACAACGAGCGGAACCGCGAGCCUGUGAGACAACACUCUCUAUCUCAAGCAGACGACAAACGCCAAAAAGACCUAGAGAAACCCAACGGCCAGAGGGAGUACUACACCUUACAGAGAGAAGGAGAGAGGUACUCUCUGAAGAAAGACGGUAUGAGCUACAUGCUCGAGAAAGACGGAGAGAGGUAUUUCCUCCAGAAGGAUGGAGAGAAGUACAUGCUGCGAAAAGACGGGGAGAAAUUCUUGUUGCAGAAAGAUGGAGAGGUGUGUGCAAUCCACAAAGACCUGGAGAAGUAUGCUGUUCAAGACGUGGAUGUAAGGUGCACUGUGAAGGAGGAGAAAUACGCUCCGUGUAAAGAUGCAGAGAAGUACCUGCUCACCAAGGAGAGAGAAAAAUACGCUCUGCAAAAACUAGGCGACCGACACACACUCCAGAAAGAUGGACAUAAAUAUGUUCCCCAGAAGGAAGUUAGGAGACAGCUGUCCUUAAAGGAGACAGGGAGGUACGGCAUGAUGAGGGAGAUGGAGAACAAAUAUGGCACCAUACAAGUUGUGGACAAAUACGGCACCCUGAAAGAAGUGAAGAAAUACAGUACACUGCGAGAGGGGGAUAGAUAUGCUACUCUGAGAGAUGCGGGGAAGUAUGCUACGGUGCGUGGGGGGGAUAGGUAUGGCUUCCAGAGAGACCCCAGUGCAGAGAGGGCUCUGACUAAGAUCAGCAGCCUCCAGCUGCAGCCGGCCCAGGCGGCCGCCAUCGCAGCGGCCGUGUCCGCGUCCCGCCAGAGCCACGCCCACCUCAGUGUCCACGGCCCCCCACAGCCCAACGGCCCGGGGCCCGCAGCGGCGGGGCACCCUGGGGACUGCAGCCCCUUAGAGGGGGACAGCAGCCUGGCCAUGGCUCCAGGAAUGUCCCCUGUUCCAGUCCAGGAGCCGGAGCGGGGCCUGUCCAGAACCAACUCCAUGCAGCAGCUGGAAUACUGGGUCCGCACGCAGAAGACCAGAGGACUGGACGAAGACACCAGGAGUGUAACGUCCUACCAGACCUUACCGAGGAACAUGCCCAGCCACCAGGCCCUGAUGGUUCCGCGGUACCCAGAGGGGUACUGCACACUGCCCCGCAACAGCCUGGCCCGGCCCGACAGCAUCUGCAGCGCGGCGGGCUCCAUGUAUGACCGGGCCCUCCGCCCCGCCUCCACCAGUACCGGCACCAUGGUGGAGAGGAGGAGGUCCAUGAGGGACGACACCAUGUGGCAGCUGUACGAGUGGCAGCAGAGGCAGGCCUUCUCCAGGCAGAGUCUGGCUCUGCCAACAGCGGGGGGGCAUUACGGCACUCUGCCCAGCGCUAAGACCAUGGGCAACAUCUCGGAACACGUGGCACACUCCAUCCCCCCCUCACCCUCUCACGGCUCCCUGGCUCUCUACAGCACCCUCCCUCCCCCUCGCCAGCGGGCCCCCCACAACCCCAGCAGCUCCCACUCCGAGGUGUCCUCGCCCGUCUUCAGGAGGGAGACCCCUAACCCCUGGCACAGGACCCUCCCUGCAAAGCACGGCUACACAGUUGACCGGCGGUCCAUAGCAGGGGGCGUCCCUCCCCCGUCCUUCACCCCUCAGUCCCUGCAGGGCAAGACGCCCGAGGAGCUGACGCUGCUCCUGAUCAAGCUGCGCCGGCAGCAGGCGGAGCUCAGCAGCCUGCGGGAGCACACAGUGUCUCAGCUCAUGGCCCUGGGUAUGGAGGGGCCCAACGCUAAGACUGAUGUUCUCUCUCAUCACCUCCAGAGGAACCUUAUUUACCUGGACAGCCAGACGAAGGAGAAUGAGCCUCUAAUCUUCAUGAUUCACACUAUGAUCGAGAACUCGGCACCGAGGCCGCAACUCUAUCAGCAAGUCAGUCCAGACGACCAUAAAGAAGGCUCCUUCAUCCAGCGCACAGAGGAGCCUGACAUAGACACCAAGCUGAGCAGACUGUGUGAGCAGGACAAGGCUGUGAGGCUGCAGGAGGAUAAGCUGCAGCAGCUGCACAGAGAGAAGCACACUCUUGAGACGGCCCUGCUGUCUGCCAGUCAGGAGUUGAGUGAACAUAGCGGAAACAACGGCGCCGCACAGAGCCUGCUGCAGCAGAGAGACACGCUGCAGAGCGGCCUGCUGCAGCAGAGAGACACGCUGCAGAGCGGCCUGCUGAGCACCUGCAGAGAGCUGAGCAGAGUGACCACGGAGUUGGAGCGUUCCUGGGGGGAGUACGACAGGUUGGGGGCCGACGUCACUCUGGCUAAGUCCACCCUGCUGGAGCAGCUGGAGGCCCUGGGCAGCCCACAGACAGAGCCCCCGAGCCAGAGACACAUCCAGAUCCAGAAGGAGCUGUGGAGGAUCCAGGACGUGAUGGAGGCUCUGGCCAAAAACAAACCCCAGCGGAGCACAGACAACACAGAUGUGCCUGCUUCCAGACCGCUCUCCAGUCUCCAGAAGAACGAGGCAGAUACGCUGCUGCCACUCAGUCCUCUCAAAGAGGCGGACAGCGUUCCCCCCCGCCCGCCCCUGCCCCAGUACUACGACUCAGCAGAGCGCCCCCCCAACAUGCCCCCCCACCACUCACACCCAGGCGGUCGCCUGCAACCCCAAACACACCGCCCCGAGGACCGCAAGGCUGGCUCCAGGAACGGAGUACACAGCCAAAAUCCAGACUACCGGCUGUAUAAAAGCGAGCCUGAACUCACCACGGUGAAGGAGGAGUUGGAUGAGGCCAACGGGGAGGACAAGGACAAGGCAGAGAGCUCGGACACAGCUUCCAAAGUGCCCUCCUACCCGGUGGGCAUCAUUCCUCCUAGAACCAAAUCUCCCAUGAGGCCCCUCGAGUCCUCCACCAUUGCCUCUUAUGUCACCCUGAGGAAGACCAAGAAGCCUGAAUCCAAAUCAGAGCGGCCCCGCAGUGCGGUGGAUCAGACCAGCUUUGGGGAGCGAGAGGGGGGCCGAGCACGGAUGAGUGUGGAGGAGCAGCUGGAGAGAAUGAGGAGGAACCAGGAGGCCUCGUCGCUCCGAGAGAAGAAGAGAGAGACCCCGUCCCGCUCGCCCUCCUUCAGCAAAGACAACCCUGUUAUUAUCCAGCAGGGUCGGGGGCAGAUGGAGGGGGCCUGUGCGGACCCUGUGCAGCUGGAGGCGGCGCUGCAGCAGCUGAAGGUGGAGACCAUGGAGCAGAGCAGGACACACCCUGCACCAGAGGAGGUGCAGGGAGUUGAGGAGUGUGAGGAGGUGCAGCAGGACGGGGAGGGGCCCCUGCAGAGGGAGGAGGAGCUGCAGGAUGAGCUGUGUGUGAGUCAGAGGGUGGUGAUAGUGGACCUGUGUGCGGAGCCUCAGCGUGUUGAGAUUGUAAAUCCUUUUGAGGAUGAUGAAAGCAGAGAGCAAGAUCUGACCAGCUCGCCAACAAACACCACUACUGAAAACAGCUUUCAGACUCCGGAGCCUGAGACCCCGAGCCCGGAGCCGAGGGAGGAGGAGGCCGAGGAGAGGCAGCAGAGAGAGGGGGAGCUGAAGGAGAGGCUGACCGCAGACCACAAGAAACACAACAACAACAACAACAACAUGUUGGCUUCGCAGACGUUCACCUUGGUGAGCAGCGACACGUGAGCCGCCCCCCACCCUGACGCCCCAAAGCCCAGAUGUAGCCUGCCUGCACAGAGCAUGCUCCAAGGCUUCAUGUUUACAACAGGACUGUUUUGAUACUACUGUCACAUGCCCACAGGGGCGGAGCCUGAGAGGAGGACCCCCCCCCCCCCCUGCCUGGUGGACCUCACAGACGGCCCCUUCACUUCCAGACAGAGAAAGAUGUGCUGCUUCUUUAGAACCUGUUAGAUUUGUCCAUCCUGAUAUGUUCCUGAGCAAAACAGUGAAUCAAUGGGGUCACAUUUCAAAAUAUUUCUACAUUCAGAUUGUGAAAUGGUGUAGUCAUGAAGUCAUGGUUGUGCGAAGAAGAAAACACUCUUAUAAAGUGGAGUUUCAGAAGCUGCUAAUCCUGUUUUAGAGAAGAACAUUUACCACUGACAAACCAACAACAACAACAAUAUACUCAGUUAGCAUGUUGUUCAAAUGUUUUAUUCAUUCCACGUUUGCAGUCAGUGUGAAUAAAAGCAACAAAAAGGGGCUCAAUUAUUCUCCCAUGCUUAGCUCGGCUGAUAUCAACACAGAGAGGAUGGAGUGUUUUUCAUGGGCCAUGUUUUUAUUGCUUUAAACAUUAAACCAUUUCACAAUCUUGUCUGUAUAUAGCACUUGUUUUGGGGGUAAUAACGCUCCAUAGAUAUCACCUGCCAAAUGUAAACACACACACAUCAAUACACAUACAUUUAGAUACCUAACUAAGUAUUAAAGUUAUCUUUAUAUAAUAAGUCUUAGAACAUUCUACUGAUGUGGACGGGGGGUAUUGGCUGUGAGUAGCUGGAGGGGGUGUACUGGAGAAGUGUCCCCUCAGAUGGGCUCAGCACCAGAGCUUUCUUGACCAGGUACUCUCACAUUCAUUCUGUGUUCUCUUCAAACCCAAGGCUCCCUUAUCACUCUAUUUUUAUUUUGCACCUGCAACAUAACAGAUUGUCCUUCAUUGGGUAUACAUAUAUAAAUAUAUAAAAAGUAUAUAUAUGAACAUAAAGCAGAUUCAACAAGGUGCCACUUCAUGCUGCUGACUCUUUUGAACAGAACUAAGUAUUUUGCAGAAGUUGUGAUUAUUUAUGUUGAGCCGGCUGUCUGUUCACACACGUUAAGUGAAUGUUUUACAUUUCUCGUCUGCUUCUCAUGUCUAUUUGAGUUUAUCUCUUUUUGGUUUACAGUACUUAGAAGAUACACAGAUGCUGAGGACAUGACACUGAUUAGAUCUUUUGAGUUUAAAUCUGUUCAAGGUGUUGAAGAGUUGGAGAAUAGCACAUGUACGAAGCAAUAAGUAGGACUUUGGAGCUCCAGGACAUAACAUGAAUUUAAAAGAGAUGUAUAAACUGUAAAAAAAUAUAAUAAACAAGAUAGCAUAAUUUAUGUACACACUGAAAAGAAUAAGAGAGAAAAUUAUAACUAGAGGUUAUUAUUCAUAUUAUUAGGGUAAAUAUGCAAAAAGUUCAUACCCAUGUGUUUUAUAUCAUGUGAAAUAAAUGUUGAUGUUCUUUAAAUAUUA